AUGUCCCGCGACCCGCCACCCGAGUCGCGAUACUACCGCGAUCGCGACCCGAAGGAGCGUCGCGCGACGUACUUCCCGAACCAGAAGCCGGAGGUGUACGGCGAGCCAGUGUACGAAGAGGAGGACUAUGCCGACUGCGGUCACUACGCCGAGUACGUCGACUACUCGGACGCUGAGCCGGAGCACCAUGUCUUCCCCGUCUACGAGAAGCCUUCCUCGUACUCGAUUCCUGCUUCUCAGCCUGUUCCCGUCCCUCAGCCCAUUGCGUGUCCCGAGAAGGCUGCGCUCGCUGCAGGGCUGCCGCUCCCGACGUUGACUGCUGAGCGCCGCCGCUCGCGCAUCCCGCGGGCUCUCCGGACUGCCUUCCUCUGGUGCUUUGGCGCCCUGUCGCUGCUCGCAUACAUUGUCAGCAGCAGCUACAAGCCCUUCAGCCCGCUUCCCUCAUCCUUCCCUCUCACGUCUCCCGCAAUCCCUGCGUCUUCUUCCGACUGGCCGGCGCAGUUCAGCGUGCCUUCCCUCCCCGAGGACUAUGUCAAGGAGUGUCACGAUCUCCUCAAGCCGCCGAAGGGAACCUACACUGACCGCCUGGACAAGCUCGGGUCGAAGUUGAGCGACACGUACGCUUUCGUAACGGAGCCGGGGACGACGGCCGCGUACUACAUCGGCGGCUUUGGUCCUGGAUCCUGGUCCCGUUCGGAGCGACCCUUCCUUAUCGCGGUCAACUCGACAGGCGACGUGACGAUCCUGACUCCGCGCUUUGAGGAGGCGCGCGCACGACUCGAAGAGCUCCCGAAGGAGGUGCAGAAGCGCGCAACCUGGGUCGCAUGGGACGAGAGCGAGAGCCCCUUCGUCGUGCUGUCGAAGCACCUCGGCCGGCCCAGCUGGGUAUUGGACGGCGAGGUGCGCGCGUUCAUCGCCGACGGACUGCUCCGCCUCGCGCCCCAGGGUCCCGAGGAGAGGAAGGAGGCCGACCGUAUCCGCCACGCUGUCGUGGCGAUCAGGGAGAGGAAGGACAAGCGCGAGAUCGAGCUGUUGCGUUGCGCGAACCAGUUCACGCUGCAUGCUAUCCGCAAGACGCGGUCGCGCAUGAAGCUCGGAAUCACGGAGGGGCAGACGAGGAAGAUUCUCUACGAGGAGAUGAGGGCGACCGGUCUCAAGGACUACAGCGCCCUUGUUCUUUUCGGAGCACUGCCGCACGGCUCUGGCACCGAAGCGAAACUUGGCAAGCACGACUUUGCGCUUAUUGACGCUGGCGGGCGCUGGGGUGGCUAUGUCGCGGACAUCACUAGGACGUUCUUCCUUCCCGACUCCGACAUUCCCGAUGAGCACCGCAGCGUAUGGGAGAUUGUGCGAUCCGCGCAGCUUGCGCCGUCCAACUUCCUCCGCCUGACGACGCCAGAGGAGCCCGCCAUGUUCUCGUGGCUCGACGACCGCGCGCGCGAGACGGUGAAGAAGGGCAUGGCAUACUUUGGCGUGCCGCCGCAGAAGGGCCGUGCGCCCGACUACACUGUCUUCACGCACCGGCUCGGCCACGGUAUCGGCCUUGACGGGCACGAGAGCCCGUACGUCGUUCAAGGUCCCCUCGGCGAGCGUCCUGUCCUCACUGGCCACACGUUCAGCCAGGAGCCGGGCGUGUACAUCCCCAAGGGCGGGGUGGGCGACAAGUCGGUGCAGGGCCUCGGGGUGCGCCUCGAGGACUGCGGCGUCGUAUAUGAGGACAAGGAGGGCCGGCUCCGGUUCGACUGGUUCACGGGCCCGGUCGACAAGUGGGGAGACGUGUGA